AUGUGGACAGCUCGCUCGCGACAAUCGGCGACGACCAUCGUCGCCACCUCUCGCCGUCUUGCUCGAAAUGGUCGGUCUGCCAUACGGGAGCAAAAGAGAUAUGCCAGCAAUCGUCCGAGGGUAGGAAGCCAGUCUGGCUCUUCGUCGCAUUGGUUUCGCAAUUCACUGGGUCUUGCAGGAACAGCAACUGCCGCGUUCGUGGCCUAUUCGUACCUAACGAGCCCCGGAAUUCGGAUCGAGAACCCAUUAGACCCAAAUGCGAAAACCCUGUCGAAGGUUACUGGGGAAUUGGGUCCCGAACUCAUUCAAAAGAAAAGGAGUGUGAAAAGUCCGGGUGUCUAUGUGUGGGGAACGAAUACCCACCGUGUUGUUGAUCCGGACUCGAAGGAGACUGUGGUCAAGACCCCUCGGAGGAUCUCUUAUUUCGACGACCAGGUGCUGAGGGAUCUGAAAGUCGGUGAUAAAUCCGGUGCUGCAAUUACUGAUAAAGGCGACCUGGUUCAAUGGGGCAAAGGCUAUUCAGAGACGGACUUCAAGCCUACGAAGACUCUUACUGGCAAGAACCUAACCUCCUUAUGUAUGUCCAAUGAUCGGAUUCUUGCUCUGUCCUCCGACGGAAGCGUUUACUCCCUGCCGAUUGCGAGGGACGAUCAAACCUCUGGUCGUAAGCUCAAGGAAGGCUCCUGGGUGCCCUUCUGGUCCGGAACGGCCGGAGUAAGCUAUCGGCUGCUUCAGCCAAGCCUAAAAUUGGGCGAAAGGAUCACUUCUAUCAGUGGUGGAUUGGAGCAUGCCCUUCUGCUUACAAGCAGUGGCAGAGUUUUCUCCGUUGCCUCAUCCACUGAGAGCUACCCUUCUCACGGACAACUAGGUGUGCCGGGUCUGACAUGGGCCACCCGACCCCAAGGUCCAGUUGAUACCUGCCAUGAAGUCACGGCGCUCAAGGGAUUCAAGAUUGCACAGAUAGCCACCGGAGACUAUCAUUCCCUGGCCCUUAGCAAGGAUGGCAGCGUAUUUGCUUUUGGCGACAACUCAUUUGGUCAGUUGGGAAUGGAAUUUGAUCCGUCAUUGCCAUUCAGCGAUACUCCUACCGUGAUCCCCAUCGAGAGGCUUUACCGUGGUAAUAUCUGGUUUCCCAAAGCCACCAGGAUUGCAGCUGGUGGCGCCAACAGCUUCUUCACUGUGGACGCCAAACGGAUUGUGGGCCCCGGAGAAAAUCCUUCGGCAAUCCGUGAUCUAGACCGUAUCACCGCCGACACUUGGACCUGUGGCCGAGGCAUUUGGGGUGCUCUCGGGAAUGGAAAGUGGGUUCAUCUGCAAGAUUCUCCCACCAAGGUGAAGCCAUUGAGUGGUCUGUUUGAAUACGAUGAGCGAAAGAAGACACUAUCUCCCAUCCGGUUACACGAGAUCUCCGUGGGAACAACGCAUGUUUCGGCAGUCAUGGACAACAAAACCCAUAUGGACGCUUCUCCGACAUCAUCUUUAGACAACGACAAGGAUUGGGGCUUUGAUGCGCUCUGGUGGGGAGGAAACGAGCACUUUCAGCUCGGAACGGGCAAGAGGAGCAACCUGUCCAAACCCAGCUACAUCCUCGCACCUCACGAGGGUUCCAAGGAAGACAAAAAGGAAGAGGCGCGACUCCAGAUCAUGCCUCGCCAUAAGAGCAAGGUCGGUUCGCGCACCGUCAGUAUGGAGCAGCACGUUGUGUGUGGAAGGCAUGUUUCUGCCAUCUACUCUUCUGUAUAA